AUAAUUAUUGCCAUCGCUUGGCUGUCAACAUUCGGGCGAUAGCACAUACACUUCACAUCUCUCCGAUUCAGUAUUUUGUUUUAUUUGGUUGAGUCGGUCGCUCUAGUGCAGAAUGACGCACUGCAACGGUUAUAUUGGCAAGCGCAACGAUGCCUAUACUCAACUUUACGCUUACGAUGAUGUUGCAGAUCACGAGAUGAUUGGAGCUUUCGGGUUCUACACGAAGUUGUCCAUACAGCUGGGCUUCGCUCUGGUAGCAGUAGCCCUACUUUGGCCUGCCAUGCUCUCAUACAUUAUAAAACAGGAAAUGCAGUUGUCACCGGGUUCAAAAAGUUUCCAACACUGGAAGGAGACUCCGGUACCGAUGUACAUUGACGUGUAUUUUCACAACUGGGAAAACCCGUAUGACAUCCUUACGGAAAAGCCAGUUUUCACUCAAAUGGGACCAUACAGAUUCUACGAGAAGAGAACUAAAGUUGACAUAACGUGGAACGACAACGGCACGGUCAGCUACCGCCAGACCCGACAUUGGUUCUUCGAUCAGGAGCACUCGAACGGGACCCUGCAAGAUCAGGUUACCAACAUCAACAUGGUGCCACUUGGUUUGGCUCACGUUUUCCGUUUCAAGAAAGAGUCUGAGAAGAGAAGCCUGUCGUACGCUUUGACCCUGAUGAACCAAAAGCUUUGGAUGACGAAGACCGUCGAGGAGCUGCUCUUCGAAGGGUACCAUGACAGCAUUCUCACAGUGAUGAACCGCAUGCCGUUCAUCACUGGCGGCGUUCAAGUUGCAGACAAAUUCGGUUGGUUCUAUGAGAGGAAUGGAUCGAGGAGUGUUGACGGUGUCUUCAACAUGGACACGGGGGCCAAUGACAUCAAGCAGGUUGGCCAUAUCAAGUCUUGGAACUACGAAAACACAACAGGCUAUUUCAAAGAUAAAUGUGGCAAGGUUGACGGAACUUCCGGAGAGGUCUUCCCUCCAUAUCUCUCCAAAGAGGACACCAUCGGACUCUUCUCCGGAGACCUUUGCCGAACCAUUUACCUCAGCAACGGACAGGAGACCUUGGUGGAAGGCGUUAAGGGUCUUCGCUACGCUGGAGGAACCGAUCUGGUGGACGCUGGAGCAGUCGACCCCAACAACUCCUGCUUUCAGGAGGGCGACCCAGUGCCUCUUGGUCUCCUCAACAUCACCAGCUGCAGGAAUGGCCUUCCUGUCUUCAUUUCCUACCCACACUUUUACCAUGGUACAGAAGAGUUGGUGAACAGCGUUGAGGGCAUGGAGCCCCAACAGGAGAAGCACGAGUUUAGCAUCACAGUAGAACCAACCUUCGGAGUUCCUGUUGAUGUCAAAGCGAGAUUUCAAGUUAAUCUGAUGGUUGAACCUUCUGAGGAUAUACUGUUGUACAGCGAUGUUCCGCAGAGGUACUUUAUGCCCAUCCUCUGGUUCGACCAACGCGCCAGACUGACUCCGGUCCUCGCCGAUGAAGUGAAGACGAUGGUCAGCAUCUACACAAUCACUUCUUCCCUCGCCUUCUGCCUCCUCAUCAUCGGCACGAUCUUAGCGGCUGCGGGUAUCACAUCGGCUUGCCGCCGGUUCCAGAAGAAUGCCGUCACCAAUGCAUCCGCACCCUGCCCCUGUGGACCCAGUGUCAUCAGCAGGAUCGACGUUUAAAGGCUAUCAUCUUCAUUGUUGGAGGAUGUCGCGAUAGAUGUCCGUGUCCUAUUUCGUUCUGUCUGCUGUGCAGAUUUGUCUAAAACCUUUUCUGUGGGUUGUUAUAGAUCCCGUUCCGAAGGGGUUAAGUAAUGUAUGACGAAUGAGAGAUUUACGGUGAAAAAGGAAUAUACGAUGUACGAGGAAUCGGUCUUGCGAAUGUUUUAACGUUGAGUGCCUUAUAUAAAUUGUUUAACGAAAUUUUAUAUUGAUUAUUAUCCUCAAACUUUGAAAGAUCUGAUAGUCGGUUAGGUGCCAAAUUUAUUAAAGAUUAAAGAUUUCUUAUCCAUGCCUUACCUACGCAAUUUUCUUGGAAAUUCACUAUUUUCUAACAUCUUGGAUAACUUUAAAAUAUUUCUGAAAAAAAUAUUAGAAAUUCUUUAACGUUUCUUGAAAUUUGAUACGCAAAUAAACAAAUGAAAAACAAUUAUGACACUGUGAAAAUGUUACGAAAGUAAAUUAUUUUUUAUUUAAUAUUAGAAAAAAUAAACGUAAAAACGUUUCUUACACCAGCAUAGUAGUUUUAAAACGAGUUAAAAUAGUUGGUAUUUAUUUGUAUAUAUUUUAGUAAUGUAAGGCGUUAAAAUAUUCUAAUUAGAUACUUUGCCAUAAAUGCUUUCUGGAUAUUGCUGUUGAUUGCUGGAAAUAUCUGCUUUUAUUAUAACUAACAUAGGAACCGACAAGCUUUGGAAGGUGAUACUUUCAGCUAACAUGUGAUAUUAUAAAACUAUUUAGCUGCUUAAAAUUCGAAAUUUUAAUAAACUUACUUUCUAUCGUUAUCAACUAAUUAGUACUUAGUUUUUUUUUUUGAGAAGGCAUAAUAUUAAGAAAUGUAGUAAAGUGUACAGUAUUAAAUGUGACCACUAGUAAAAAUAUUUAUGCUUAUUUUAUUGUUAUUUUAUAUUUUCGUAUUUUUGUUACGACCAAUAAAUCAUUAAAAAAAA